GAAAGUGAAUAUAUACACUAAAAAGACUUGGGGGGGGGGAAUUGAGUGAAGGAGAGAGAAUGGAGCAGACCACGUGAAUGUGAGAGGGAGAGAGAGAGAGAGAAAGAGAGAGAGCGAGAGUGGGAGAGAGAGAGAGACCGAGAGAGGGAAAGAGAGAGAGAGAGGGAAUGCGAGAGAGACCGAGAGAGGGAAAGGGGAAGAGAGAGAGAGAGAGAGAGAGCGAGAGAGAGUUGGCACAGACAGAAUCGCUUGCUGUGUGAACACGGACAAGAGCAGGAGGAGGAGAAGAACAGUGGAAACAUAUUGCCAAAGAGCGAGCGAGCAACACAGUGCAGCAGCAGCAGCAGCAGAAGCAGAUCAGUGAAGCACCAGAGCGAAGAUGUGAAUACACACACACACCGGGAAAAAAGCUGCCUACACACACACACACACUUGCAUUGCUUUGAAGCAGCAAAAGAACGUCGCGAGCUUGAAAGCAAGUGAGGACUUCUUUUUGAUUGAUGUGACAAGGAGGAGGAGCUUAAAGGCAAGUUGAUGAAUUUGGUUUUUCUUUGUCAUGCAUUGAAAUAUGGAAGCGUGAUAACUCAGUGGAACAGGAUCAGGACUUAGGAUUGCUGCUGAUGGUGAGGAAGUAAAAAAAAAAAAGAGAGAGCAAAGAAAAAAAGAGAGAGCGUGUCAGAACAGAUUUCACAUCAGCAGCGGUCAGCUCUCUGCAGGCGGUAUAUAUAUAUAUAUAUAUAUAUAUAUAUGUGUGUGUGUGUGUAUGUGUGAGCUAGCGUGAAGUGCAGCCUCCCCUCUCACACCAGGCAGCUGUCCUCACUCGCUCACAGGAGAGGGCAGCCGAGGAGAGAAAGAGAGAGGGUGGAGAAAGAGUGCUGAAGGAGAGAGGGAAAGAGAGAGACAGAUGGCAGAGAUAGAAGUGAGAAAACAAACACAUGAGGAGGCAGGAGGAAGCAGGACAGAGGGACUUUAAAUGAGGAUCGGCGAUCGGCAGAAGUGGCACCGUGGGUCGAGCUUCGCGGGACACGUAGGCACAGAAACCUGACAGAGAAAACGGAGGAUGAUGGAAAGAGUGAUCACAAUCACAGACAAGACGGAUGGACAAAACAGGCUGGACUCUGCCUCUCACACUUCCUCUGCUCAGUGAGCUGGCACUAAGCUGCCCUGUACUUGUUUUCUUUUCAUCUCUGUCUCUGUUUUUUUUUCCCACGCUCCUUAUUCCUUCGUUCAAACUUUCCAUAUUUGCGUCCGUCUGUGUUUAUGUGCAUGCUUGCGUGUUAGCGUCAGAGCUUGAUUAGAGGCUGCAGGCUGUCCUUCACCAGAGUUAAAAAGAGACACAGUUCCUCAGGACAGGCUAAACAGAUGGACUGAAUGAAUGAAAGAUACAAGGGCAGAAAGAGAGACAGAAAGAGGGAAAGAGAGAGGGAUAGGUUAGAGGUGUUGCCAGGGAGCACACCGUGUAGCUGAAUCCUCUGUGUCUGAGGAAAGGAUACUAGAUCUUUUACUUUUUCUCUAAAAGCCUGUGUGGGUUUCAGCACUAGUUGAUCUGUCAUGCAUUUGAAUGCACAUUGUCAUGUCUGUGUCAGUGGAAUGCGAUUAGCUGAAGUAAUGAACAUUAGACAGCCUAGUAAUAGAGAUUAACAAUAAAUAUGAAGAGGUCAACUAUGGAUUAUUCUCUGUGGUUUAAUCACUGGCAGGUUCUGCAAGGAUCCUGGAUCAGAACAGGGCAUUUCUGUAGCUGGAGAUUGGGGGUCUGAUUUCCUGGUGUUCUUCUGAAAAAGAGAGAGAGAGAGAGAGAGAGAGAGAGAGAGGUGAGGGUAGCUUAGAGGUCAUGCGAGAAGGUUUAUAAGAAGCAGACAGAGAUCUUGAACCUCCGGUAUUAGUGAGCUAACUCUUCUCGUUGAUGUGUUUUAGUUCAUAUAGUUUCAUGUUAAAUGAAAGAACCACAUAAUGUCAAAUCGAGGCAUUGACACAUUUUAGAGUAGGGUACUUUUUGGGCAUUAGUCGUGUGGGUUCAUUAUCCCUUGAUCAUUCUCUUGUUGUCUGCUGCCUCAUGAUUGCUCCUGGCACGGCACCCUGGCUAGGAAAUGAAGCCGUGCCCUGUGCCGCUCUAGCAACUCUGUGGACAUUCAUGGCUCGGGAAUUCCCGCGCCCUCGCCGGUCCUCAUCCUCAGUGCCCAGUCAAGUGCCCAGUCGCCGGCGUUUGCCCCUGGCACUUCGUACCCGUCUGCAUGGCCUGCGCCACGCCUGUUCCCCGACCUCUUCACCAGUCCGUAGGGCACUGUGGACACUAGCACUGUGCACUGCGCUGGGCCUGCUUCUGUCCUGGUCCUCAAACCGCGUGCUGCACUGGUUGGCUUUGCCCACAGCCACCAGAGUACACACACAAUGGGCACGACAGCUUGACUUUCCCACCAUCACUAUCUGCAACAACAACCCGGUGCGACUCCCGCACCUCACCAAGAGUGACCUUUACUUUGCCGGGCACUGGCUGGGCCUGCUGCAUGCUAAUGGGACAGCGCGCUCGCUAGUGCUAGAGCUGCUGCGUGAUGAGCGCCUCGCUUGGUUUCGCAAGCUCUCUGACUUUCGGCUCUUUCUCCCACCGCGCCGCUUCCCAGGGACCAGCCUGGAGUUCCUCGACCGGCUCGGGCACCAGCUGGACGACAUGCUGCUCGCCUGCAAGUAUCGAGGAGAACCAUGUGGUGCUCAUAACUUCUCAACUGUUUUUACACGAUAUGGAAAGUGUUAUAUGUUCAAUGCAGCUGAGGAGGGAAAGGCUUUGAGAACCACGAUGAAAGGAGGAACUGGAAAUGGAUUGGAGAUUAUGCUGGAUAUUCAGCAAGAUGAGUACCUGCCUGUGUGGGGCGAGACAGAGGAGACGGCGUUUGAGGCGGGCGUGAGGGUGCAGAUCCACAGUCAAGCCGAGCCUCCGUUCGUGCACGAGCUGGGCUUUGGGGUGGCUCCAGGGUUCCAAACUUUCGUAGCCACUCAGGAACAGCGGCUGACAUACUUGCCUCCUCCAUGGGGAGAGUGUGUGUCCCAGGCUCUGGGCUUCUUUGAGGUGUACAGUGUCACAGCGUGCCGUAUCGAGUGUGAGACACGCUACAUCGUGGAGAACUGUAACUGCAGGAUGGUCUACAUGCCCGGAGACUCUCCGUACUGCACUCCUGAACAGUAUAAGGACUGUGCUGAACCUGCACUCGCUGCUCUUUCGUCAGUGGAGGGCAGCAGCUGCAUGUGCAGGAACCCGUGUAACAUGACCCGCUACAACAAAGAGCUGUCCAUGGUGAAGAUCCCCAGUAAGACGUCAGCGCGCUACCUGGAGAAGAAGUUCAACAGAUCGGAGAAAUACAUCACGGACAACAUCCUGGUGCUGGACAUCUUCUUUGAGGCUCUGAAUUAUGAGACCAUCGAGCAGAAGAAAGCAUACGAGGUGGCAGGACUGUUAGGAGAUAUCGGAGGUCAGAUGGGGUUGUUCAUCGGCGCCAGCAUACUGACAAUCCUCGAGCUGUUUGACUAUGCCUAUGAGGUGGUGAAGGACAGAAUCCUGGAUCUGUUGAGUCGAGGCGAGGAGGAAGAGAGUCGAGGGGAAGACGUGAGCACGUGUGAUCCAGUAGUGAAUCAUUCAGAGACCAUCAGCCACACAGUCAGUGUUCCUUUACAGACCACUCUGGGGACGCUGGAUGAGAUCGCCUGCUGAGUGCACUUCCCCUCCAGAGCAGCAGGAGGAGACACUCAUUCCUCCUCACCGGCCCUGCUGCCGGGAACACGUGCCGGGGGAAGGGACACACUGUUUCAAAGGAGAGGAAGGAAAAUGAUCUGUUUUCCUUUUUCGCUUCAAACUGCUACAUGAUCAUUCUGUACAAACCCAAAAAGAAACGAUGAUGGCAGCUCUGCCAGGCAGGACAAGUCCACUGAGAAAAAUCUCACACUCUCACACACUCUCAAAACUUUUCUCCAAAGCUGUAACUGAUGGACGAGAAGCGAGGCUUCAGACUAGUGUGAGAAUGUGGACUGGCACAGGACCCGGGCGUGUAAAAGCGUCGUCUUUCUGCUCGGCUGCUGUUUUAAAGUCUACUGCCAAAACACGAAGGACACCAAGCGCAGAAGGACAAGAACCUUUGCAUGUGUCAGAUUCUCUCUCGUCUGUCUCUUGCCGAUCGAGUCGUUCCGCUUCCGUCACGUGUCUCUGCGUCCCAUUACGUGCCAGUAGGGAAUCUGUCCCAAACCCACAGCAGCAAUCUUUCCUUUUCUGCUUUCACGCACUCCUACCUGAUUUCUGUCGCUGUUCCGGAAAUCUCCACGGAUCUGAAGGACGUUUGGGACGUCGACGCCUCCUCGUCACGUGACUGGUUAAAUAAAGGGGUUUCCAUCAUCAUAUUGCCUGAAAGUGUAAAGAAGGAAUAGAAAGGAUGGGGGGGGGGGUUUGUUUAGUCUGAGAGAUUAAGCCAUAAUUUUCUUUAUCUUGCAGCAAAAAGUUUUCUUUCUAAAGUGAAGUUUUUGGUUUUUACUCAGCAAGCCACAUCCUGUAAAAAUCAGAUCUUUAUUUGCAUCCUUUUUAUUUCUGCACAAUUUUCAACAACAGCGAAGAAACCAGACGAGUGAGCAGUAAGAGAUGGAGAGUGAGGCUGAGAGCGAGAACACUGCCACAUGCUGUAUACAGUGUUUAAAUCAAACCCCAGUGUGUUUACACUUACAGGAAGUGAUGGUCUUUAAGGCUCGAGGCUUGAUCCUUCACACAAACCCUAGUGCAGUUAGAACAGGACUCAUCCCUCAUUCAACCCAGGUGCAGAAAUUAACCAGUGAACAAAAGACACUGUAAAUGUUUUGUUUUAAAUGAGUUCAUAUUUCGUUUUCAUCUGCUUUCACUUAUAGCAGAAAAUACUACAAAAGUGUCAAUUAAAUACUAAAGCAAAAAUGCAACGGCAAAUCAGCACCGAAAACACUGAAAAUUCAGAAAAACGACAAUAAAAAAACACACACGAGAUUCAGAUGAGACGAUAUCUCUUUGUAUAAUGAUAAUAGAUGGACGACCAUUUCAUAAUAUAAAGCUAUUUCUAUAGAUAUUGGCUCAUUUUAAAAUAUAUAUAUAGAAAUAGACAGAAUAAUCAUUCAACUAUUUUGAUAAAGAGAUAUUUUAGUUGGCUUUAUUCAAGAUAUUUUUGCAUUUGAAUUUGAACAAGCAACAUGAAUAAUGACGUCAUCAUUAACUCCUCAAACGUCGCGGGAAUAAAGACGUCACAUGCUCGUCUCUGAUUGGUCGCGGCGUCUACCUUCUGAGAGUGUCUUAUCUAGGUUAGUCUAAUUUAUUAAGAUGAGUGUUAUCUAUUUUAAAUUCUUUCUUGGCCAAAAGAAUUAAUGUUAAGUUUGAAUUAAUGUCUGCAAUGUUCCUAGUUCUUAUAGUAAGGAGAAAUGCUAGGUUUUCACGGCUCGUAUGAAUGACUGCAAAGUUGACAGGAUAUAGAAAACAACAUAGAUAGAGAGCACUUUUAACCAUCGCUCUGGAUAAGGGCGUCGGCCAAACGACGUUAAUGUGAAAUGUAAACAUCGUCAACGGUCGGAAGACACCACCGGAAGCAGGGAUCGAACCCGGGUCUACGUGGUAGUUGGGAUCACCCGUGCAGAGAAUUUUAUCAUGCACUCAUGUGCAGGAUAAAAUUAAGGAACUGUCCCAGUAGGUCCUGACACUCUGACUGGAAACAUGCUCUCCGGGGCUCCAGUGUUCUCCAUCACCGAGACCAGGGCCAGCCCGUGGCAUAGGCUGCAUAGGCAGUUGCCUAGGGCACAAAAUGACUGGGGGGCACAGCAUGAGAGGGUUUUUUUUGGUCUGAGGUGCGCCCUCUUGUGACCAUUGUGCGCUCCUACACCCAGACUUUAAAUAAAAUCAAAGUAAAGCGCUGUUUUAUUAACAAAACUAUACACUGGACAAAUUCAACGUGAGUCACAAAAACGUAACUAUAACAAUGUAAGACGGAUACAAAAUGGCAGGUAUAUAUAUACAGAACUUUAGGGUAAAUAGGGAACACGGCGGGAAAGCGGAACAAUAGGAAGGGCGUGGCGCAACACACGUGGCUAUGGAGGAACGCCUGCCAGCACUCCCUCUGGUGGACUAGCAGGGAACUGUCUCAGUAGCUCUUGACACUCCAGCGAUUCAGUGUUCUCCGUCACUGAGACCAGGGCCAGCCCGUAGCAUAGGCUGCAUAGGCAGUUGCCUAGGGCGCAAAAUACCUGGGGGGCACAGCACGAGAGGGUUUUUUUGUCGGAACUGCACCCUCUUGUGACCAUUAUGCGCUCCUACACCCAGACAUUAAGUACAAUUAUAAUUAUUUCUGCCAGUUAACAUCAUUUUAGCACUGAUCCAUCAUCAAUCUCAUUAGAAUAUUGUUUGAAUAAAUAAAAUUGACAUCAACAAAAAAAUCAUAAGAUGUAAUUUUGGACUAAUUUAAACACUUUCUGCAUCAUGAGGUGAUUAUAAUACAUCACCAUUAUGCAUUAAUUAGGCAUGGCGCACACUGUUAAUCUAUUCUUUCGAAGAAAUGAGUGAAAAAAGAAAACAAGGCAGGAAGGAGCAGAAAAAAGAGCAUCAAAUCUCACCAACAGACCCUGGGCUGGCCCUGACCGAGACGGACACACAGUGCAGCCAAUCAGCAGCGAGCGUGUGAUGUUUAAUAAAUAGCGACUCUUUCUGUUUGUUCAUUUGUUUCUGGAUUUCUUUUGUGGUUUUGGUUGGUUUCAUUUUAUUCCAAAUUUAUAGUCCAAAAGUAUCAAAUUCACUCUGAUUCACACUGAAGGAUUAGACAAAAUGAUCAGACUCCUCAUUUUACAAUCAUAUCAUAAUAUCCAUAUGCUUUUCACAUGGUUCUGCUGUGCUCUCGCACCUGGGAAGUGUGUAGUUCCUCCUCUGGACUAUUAUACCCCAUCACACACACACACACACACACACACACAUACACACACACACACACAGAGUUAAUCAAAUAUUCUCUGAUUUCAUCUUGUAUAAACAUAAUCAUUAAAUUAUUCAUAAUUUCGUGAUUAUUUAUUAAUGACCUCUUUCUGUUACUUAGUUUCAAUCUUUAAAAUCAAAUUUACUAGAUGUUUUGUCCAAUUUCCGCCGGUGUGUAAGUAAUGAAACACUCACAAUGUUUUCCGUGAGUAAAGUUUAGUACGUUGGUAAGAUUAAGUAUUAUAUGUAAUAGAGCACAGGUUGUUAUAGGAAACUAAUCAAGUCUGAAGUGAUUAUUUUCCAUAACAUCCCAAAGAGUUUUCUUCUACUUGACACCAUCAUCAUCAGCAUCAUCGUCAUUUUUAUCCUUUUUAUCGUUACAUUUCAUGUUGUAGAACAAAACACGUCUGAUGCUGUUAUCAUUAUCGUACAUCAUCGUCGCACUAAGUUGAUUCUGAUUGGCCGGAAGGUGUUGAUUUCUUUUCUAUGGCAGUUGCUCUUUCCAGCUGCAAGGCAAAUCCUAGGUUUAAUAUGAGCGUGCCAGCGCAUUAUAACAGUCCGAGUUAAAGCUCUCAGUGUGAGCUGUCUGACGUGGGAAAGUCACGAGAUCGUGUUUUGCGGUUUCUCGGUAACAGCACGUCUCGGUCGUCUCGUUAGCAGUUGAGCGUAAUGAAGCACUGUUUAAAGCUACUAUAACAGAAGUAAUAUCUGUGGAUGUUCUACAACAUUAACCUUCAUAUUGUCAUAUUGUUGAUCAUGAAACUUUUGUCCUCUUGGGUCAAUACUGACCCGGUCUGGUUUAACAGUUUUUAAGGCAUGACGUAUAAAAUUAUUCCCUAAUUCUCUGUUACACCAUUUAAUUGUACAAUUCCUUUUCUCAUUUAUGGUCAAUAGAUCCCAUUUACGUGAAAUAAAACCAUAUUUCCCAUGUACAAAAGGGUCAAAUCUGACCCCAAGGACAACAGGAGAGGGGUGGAAUUAUGUUUUGUUCUUGUUGCACUGAGGAGGGAAUACACAAAACACUAAACACUAGAUACUGGACAACUGAGAUGAAGUGUAGGAUGUCACUAAGAUUUCAUUUACUGGAACUAAAAGCCUCAAAGCUUGACAAUGCAGCUGUGUGUAUAAACAUGUCGAGUGUCCUGCACAGAGCCUUGACCUCGAAACGUCAGGAUGAAUUGUGUGCCAGGUUUGUCCUGCAUGACAUCAUUACCAGACUCCACUGAUGUUCUAGUGGAAAACCUUCCCAGAAGAGUGCAGUCUGUUAGAGCAGUAAAGGGGGACGUGUGGGGUGUUGAUUCUCACGAUUUCGUUCAUGAAAUCUCGUCCGAGUGUCAUGUGAUGUGAUGGUGAUGGUGUGAGGGGUGCGCAUACUUUUGCUCAUAUGUUACUAUAUCGUCUAUGAUCUGAUAACUGAUUCUCAACUGACUUUGCUUCUGAUUUGGAUAAAAUCGUCUGUUUGGGUCUUGUCCCAAUCCAAGGACGUCAAAGAUCAACUUAAUCUCAACAUUCUCUUAUUUAUUAAAUUGUUUUAUUUGCCUUGAAUGGCUGCAUAUUACAUCUGAUAAAGAAGUAUAGAAGAAACAGUAUGUGGUUUUUAGAAUACAAUCAGCGUUAAAUAUAACUUACAACGACAUCCUGUUGAACAUGUGACUUAUGGAAUCUUCUAGAUAUUUCACAGGAGUGAAUGAUUCUAGCCACUAAAACGUCUAUUUUUUUUUCCCCCAACCUAUAAUAGACAAAUCACUGAGAAGAACUGUAAAGUAUGAAAUAAUAAAUCGAUUCACACAUUUAUACAGAAAUAUUUUAUUCUGAGGUAUUUUUAAUGAUUAAGCUAUAGAUAUACAGAAUAAUGUAAAGUUUAAUUUAGUAGAAUUAUAGCAGAUUUAUCUGUCUUUUUUUUUUAUCUCAUAUACAUGUACAUUUAUAACGUUUAAUAUCAGUAGGAAACACAUAGCAGCCCAGUCAUGGAAUCAGACACCCUGGAGGAACCUUACAAAAAAUCAGAACCUUAGAAGAAAGCUUUUAGAAAAGCAGAGCAGUUACAUAUCCAAUCAUCCCAAAAGAUCCUUCUAACAGAGUAGAGUUAAACAUAUUAGCACUGCAUGUGUAAUCAUGCAAUAAACAACCCUACAUGAAAGUUCUGGAUUUGGAUCUCAUGACACAGUUUGGUUGAACAAAACAAAACAAAAAAAAAAGUGCUGCAAGUUUCCACUAACUUUAGUUCAAUAAUAUUAGGGCAGAUUUAUAGGACCGUCGAUGGGCGUCGACUAUAAACUGCACAUGUCUCACAAGGACAUACAGGAAAUAAAAAAGUUCGCCCACGUCUGAUGUCACAAGGUUUGUUUAUCCGAGAAUUUGCUUUCCUGUCAUAGUUUAGGUAAUGAUUUGAAGAUGGAUCAGCGCUUAUCCAUUGUUUAGUCUGUAUGCUGAAGUCCGAAUCAGAGUGAAAUUGAUGCUUUUUGAUUUGUUUGUCAUUUGGUUUGGUUUUUCCACCCAGUGUAGAAUUUAACAGCAGAAAAAUGCAUAAAAUCUGUUUAGAAAAUUGUGAGACAAAAAAAAAAAAUCCAACAAAUUUUAUACACGACAAUCACCAGAGAGUACAGAGAUGUGAUCUAGUUUAAAACAUCCUCCUUUUAUUUUCUCUUUUGUCCGUCAGUCCGAAGCUCAAAGCUCGGUUUAGCUCCGAAAACAACAGAAGGUUCAUUUGGUUCACUUCCUGCAGUGCAAAUUGUUUUCUCGCUGCAAUCGAACUGCACUAAAGUUCAGCAGGCACUAAACCUGGAUCUGAGACGCUGAACACCAUCAGAAUCACACAAACAUGGAGCAUCACGUAUCUACUGUUUAUUCUCUCGCUCUUUGCUCAUUAGCCUGAAUCUCCAGGACACAUCCCACCUCCACAGCUCUGUCCUUCAGGCUCACGGUGCAGCUCAUCGCGGCUAAAUAAUAAAAACAUGACAACGCAAACCAACACACACUCGCACUUCUGAUACAGGAUCGAAUCCGCACAAGAGUUCGUCUGGAACUGUAACGAGAGUCUGAUCUCUGUGUUCUGCACAAACACGCAUUAUACCAAAGAGGAAAAGCACCAUAUGAAAACCACAUUUACCCAUAACCCCUUUCUCUGUGUCUUAACACUAAUGCAUUAGAUGCAGAAAUAUAAAUCAGUCCUCGGUUGUAGGAGUUAACGCUCGUGUUCGGUGUUAAACUUGCGCUGGAAACCCUUUGCGUUACACAAAUCAACCGCAACUCGAGGGGCUCGUGAAGAACAGACUAAUGAAUUCAAUUCAAUAAACGAGGGAGUUUGCUACAGGGGGAUUGGGGUCUCGCUUGCUAACAUGGAGUCCUCGAGGGAACCACUCACACACACACAUUCGCCUGGGGCUCACUUCCCUUUGUCUGUAUGCGAUUUAAGCCGUACAUUUCCAUGCUAAUAAGGCUCCAUUUCUCGGUGACUAGCGUCAGAAUAUUCCGGUUGUUAGGAAGCGGUUUCACACCGUGAUAUCAGUUUCCAAAGAGGAACACAUCUCCGCAAGCAGAGGAGAGAGGAGAAAUGACUGAGGUGUUACAGAGGUGUUAAUGCACCUGUAGGAGGUGUUUGGGUAAAUCAAAAGAGGCGGGGCUCCAGUACAUUUCAUUCUAUUAUUAUUAUUAUUAUUAUUAUUAUUAUUAUUAUUAUUAUGAGGAGGUGGUUGAUUGUGUUUUGUUCAUUAUCAGCUCUAUAGAGAGCUUUCUCUUCUGCCUUGUUAUCCGUGUGUGCGUCACUUACAUGUUGCAGAGCUCACAAUAAAAUAAAAUAAAAUAAAAUAAAAUAAAAUAAAAUAAAAUAAAAUAAAAUAAAAUAAAUAAAUAAAAUAAAAUAUUAAAGAUAAAUUCAGAUCCAAAGGUUUGAGUUCAACAUCAAGAACUGUUUUGGGUUUCAUCAUUUAUCAAAAACUAAUGCAAAUUAUAUCAUCACUGAAUGGAUUAUUAUUUCAAAAAUAAUUAUUUUUUAAUUGUUUUAUUUAUUUAUUUAUUUUUAAUUAUUAAUUUUUUUUUUUUUUUUUAAGACUAAAGACUUGGAUGGUGAAAUUCCGAAUGUUCUAGCACAAUUUGCUUUAUUUCUUGUCCAUGUUAUUAUUAUUUCUUUUUUCCAGAUAUUUUUCCACAUGAUUAAUUUUUCUUAAUGCCACAUUUGAUUUCUUUUCAUCCAAUUUUCGCAUCAUUUAUUUCACACGAUUUUUUGAUGUCACAUGUAAUUUCUCUCUACAGGAUACAGUUAUUUUUCCACACGAUUUUUCCUCAUGAUUCAUUUCUUUUUACAUGUUUUUUUUUUUUUCGCCUAUUUCUUUGCUCAGGUCAUUUUCCCCCCAUAAUUUAUUUCUUUUCCCAUGUAAUUUAUUUUACACGCUUAAGUUUAAUGUUAAUUUGAGGUAAAUAUGUGCAAAUUUCAGGACAUUACACGUUCACAUAAUCACUAUUCUGCGAUUUUUCCUUAAUUGUGUGUCACUUAUUUAUUAGUAUGUCAUGUUUGGGAAAUGAAGAAUUGCAUUAAUAUGUGAUAUCUGAUGAGAUAAAAAGCAGUUCUUGGAAAUACCUCAUAUAAAAAAUCGAUGAGACUUAUUGAGAUAUUAGAGGUUUAUGAACACGGCCAUCUUUAUUGCAUUAAAUGAAAUGUUUGAUACAUAUGUAGUUUGUUCUAGCUAUAAUAUUCAUAUACCUAUGUGCACUCUCUCUCUCUCUCUCUCUCUCUCACACACACACACACACACACUCCACUUUGACCACUUUCAAACAUUUAGCGUUUUAUUUUUAUUAUUAUUUUUUUCUGCUGUAACAUGAACAUGAAACAGAUCAGAUAUAAUGUUCUGAGCUCAGAGCAGUGACAGUGAUGACAUUCAGGUCCUCUCUCUCCUUCUCCCUCUCUCUUUCUCUUUCUCAUAUAUCUGCUUUUCUGCUGUAUGAUCAGAUUUGUAGAAAUGGCACUCUUUCCAUUUUGCUCUGUUCAUUUCUGUGCUCACUGCGAUUGUGUUUCAUUAAGUGGUAUGCAUCUGUGUC